CUGUCACCUUGUUUCUUCCCCAUAGGGCCAUGUGAAACUUUCUGACUUUGGUCUUUGCACAGGACUGAAAAAAGCACAUAGGACAGAAUUUUAUAGGAAUCUGAACCACAGCCUCCCCAGUGAUUUCACUUUCCAGAACAUGAAUUCCAAAAGGAAAGCAGAAACCUGGAAAAGAAAUAGACGUCAGCUAGCCUUCUCCACAGUAGGCACUCCUGACUACAUUGCUCCUGAGGUGUUCAUGCAGACCGGGUACAACAAGCUCUGUGAUUGGUGGUCGCUUGGGGUGAUCAUGUAUGAGAUGCUCAUCGGCUACCCACCUUUCUGUUCGGAGACCCCUCAAGAGACAUACAAGAAGGUGAUGAACUGGAAAGAAACUUUGACUUUUCCUCCGGAAGUUCCCAUCUCUGAGAAGGCCAAGGAUCUAAUUUUGAGAUUCUGCUGUGAAUGGGAACAUAGAAUUGGAGCUCCUGGAGUUGAGGAAAUAAAAAGUAACUCUUUUUUUGAAGGCGUUGACUGGGAACAUAUCAGAGAGAGACCUGCUGCAAUAUCUAUUGAAAUCAAAAGCAUUGAUGAUACUUCAAACUUCGAUGAGUUUCCAGAAUCUGAUAUUCUUAAGCCAACAGUGGCCACAAGUAAUCACCCUGAGACUGACUACAAGAACAAAGACUGGGUCUUCAUCAAUUACACGUACAAGCGCUUUGAGGGCCUGACUGCAAGGGGGGCAAUACCUUCCUACAUGAAAGCAGCAAAAUAAUUCUCUUGCCAUGGAAUCCUACAUGGAACAGAGUUCUUUGUGCAACAUCAUGCUUUUCCUCCCACACUCUUGAAGAGCUUCCAAGAAGUUGAUGGAACCCACCAGUAUGUCAUAGUAAAGUCUCCUGAAAUGUGAUAGUAAGAGGAUUUCUUCCAUAAUGCAUCUGAAAAACUGUAAACAAAGACAACCAUUUCUACUGCAUCGGCCAUAAACAGCUAUCCUGCUUCUUCCGAAGCAUCAUGAGCCAAUUUGGUAGGUGUUUUAAAAACAACUUGAGUUUUCCUAAGUUCAUCAGAAUGAAGGGGAAAAACAGCCAUCAUCCAACAUUAUUGAGAUUGUCUUGUAUAGUCAUCGAAUAUCAGCCAAUUCCUGUGAUUUUGUGACACGCUAUCUGCCAAGCCCACCAAGUAUUUCCUUUAUAGCUGAAAGUUCCAUAGUACUAAGGAAAUAAAGCAAUAAAGACAGUCUCAGCAGCCAGGAUUCUGGCUGAAGGAAAUGAUCCACCACCCUGAGGGUGGUGAUGGUAGUUUCUACCCAUACCUCAGCCUCAGGCAAGUGGCUUAUAGCCUCCAUUCAUGGUGCACUUUAUUAUAUGGUACUAAGAUAAAGACUGUCAAUCCAUUGAUUUAUCUCCUCCCUGUCCCCAUCUAAAAUAUCCAUGCUGCUUUUCUGAGUGUUGAUGGGGGUUACCAGCUUGAUCCAUUGUUGCUCUUAGAAGGCCCAGAAAGUCUUUGGGCAUUGCCAAGGAAUCCCGGAUUAUGUGGAAAACCCUCACUUUCUCUUCACGGCUGUACCAGAAAAUCCCUAAGACAGAUGUUGCUGUGGACCAGCAAUACCUGCAAGUGCUGCCAACGGGAACUCAGUUUAUUCCUGGGAACUUAACAAGGAGAGCCCAGGCCUAGGCAGGAGGCCUGGAACCCUCUUGGCUAAGGUGCUUUUCCUGUUCCUGCAAGGUCUCCAGAACCUCUUUGGAAAUGGUGAAGGAACCAGCCCAAUAGAAGUAGAGCCUGCUGACAAGUCUUUGUAAAGUUCACUCCUCAGUCCUUGGCACAACCAUGUUUUGUCUUCUCUCUUGGUAUUUCUUCUCUCUCAACUUUAAGUAGCCAUUUUGCCUUGGAAUCAUGAUUACAAUUUUUUCCUUUGCAGAUGCCUUCCUGGGGGAUACUCUUCCCCACCCUAAAGGGUCGCCUGCAACUUAGGCGGAUUGGGUCUCUCUGCUGUGUCGUUCUCUCAUGAGAGACCCUCUGAAUUGUAUAGCACAAAGUGCCUUCUGUUUCGCAGCUGCCACCACCUUUAGAGGAAUUUUGUCAGAAAAAUGUGGAGGCUCCAUAUUAAUGCAUUAUUUUUUAAAACGUUUUGAUAACUCUUAAAGCAUCAUUUGCACCUGUGUGGGAACUUUGCCUGCUGCAGAGCAUCGUGGCCGAGCUGCAGCUGGGAGCCUGCUUUCUGCCAGUAAUGAGGUUGUGAAGAUCAGUUUUGAAAGGAAAGUAUGUCCUAGCUUAGCCAUUCAGAAGAGAAAAAUGGAAUAUCAGAGUUACGGUUGUCAGUGAAACUGCUUUGGGUUUUAACCUCUUAGAGGAAGAAAAAAGGUUAGGGAAGUCUCAACUCUGGAUGAAGGUGAUUUGUUUGCCUCUCAGUCUUUCAUUCAUAGCCUGCUAGUGGAAAGGAAGUAAAUGAGAUUCUUUUGUGUAACUUUGUAGUCUCUUUGUAUUACCAAAUAAUUGGGGUGUUGACUCCUGUGUGUUUUGCAAGAAUGUUUGGUAAGCCUGGGUAAAGAGAAGUAACUGCAGUGUUGGGAGAGUCUUUGUGUGGGGGAGUGGCAGGGGAUGAUUUGUUUUAGGGGAAAAUGCCCACAUUUUAACUUUUAAACUUAUGAAUAAACUGUGUGAAAACAGUAGUGGAAA